UAUUGCAAUUACCCCUGCAUAUAAAACCCCAACUCCAGUUUAAGACGACCGUUAGUUAUAACCGUUGGAACCUGGGAUUUGAGCUUCCCGGCUGGAAGACAAGGGACAGGACAGAAGAUGGAUGGUUUCUUUCAAGACGAGUGGCAAGGUGAUGGCUUCUGGGAUGAGAUUGGUCCAGUGAAUCAAGGUGCUUUUGUGCCGUAUAUACGCCGACCUGGGGCUGGAAGUGAGAGCUCUUCUAAGGGGGCACAUCCUACUAACAUGAACAAAAGAAUUGUAGAAUUCAUGAGGAGAAGUUUUCCAGUAAAUAUUGGAGCUCAAGAGCCUGGUAGCGAACGCUGUAAUCGUCAUAUGAUGAGUGAGAGAUUGAGGAGAGAGAGGGAGAGGCAUGGUUACUUGGCUCUGCAUUCUUUGUUGCCACUUGGCACCAAGAAGGAUAAGAACUCGAUCAUGCAGAUGGCAGCAAAGAGAAUUCAAGAGCUGGAGACAUACAAGAGGAUUUUAGAGAGGAGAAAUGGUGAAAUUGAAGAGAAACUGGGAGGAAGUGGAAUUGUAAAUGUGGAGAGUACAAAGAUUAGAAUUGAAGUGGCCAAUCCAACAUCUGGGGUGGAUCCUAUGGUAGACGUUCUCAAGUGCUUGAAGAGCUUGGGAGCAAAAACCAGAAGCAUUCAAUCUCAGAUUUCUGAUCAGCAACUUGUAGCGGUAAUGGACAUUGAAACUGAGAUUGAAGCUGCUGAGAUAGAAAACGCCGUGAAACGUACACUGGCAAGAUAUUGACAAGUAACUUCCACGCCGUUUCCUGGAAGGUCAGACAGGAGAAAAUGGGGGAGGUUGAUCCAAUAUUUUGAAGCUAGAUGCCAAAAAAAGUGAUAGUAAUACAAGUCAGCUUGACUGUACAGUUUCAGCAAAUUGUUAAGUAAUUAAGGUUAACAACGUGGAAGAUCACUGCCUGGUCAGCAUCUCGAUGGUUCAAUUGUCUAUGUUUGAAUUUUGAUUGACUAAAAGCUUGUAAUUAUACGAUUAUCGAAACGAUUAGUGACAUGAUUGGAAAAAUAAAUAAUUUGGCCUGGAAAUAAGAGCAUCUAUCAUUGACGGCUCGGUGCCAGAAGCUCAGACCACCCCGCAAGGCCGCAAACUUAAGCAUAGGCAAGAUUUACACAACUCUUUCUUGUUUCGACUCUAUAAUAAAAGUCUUGUAAUCAUUCUGUCACCACCCUCGAAUCCUUUGCCUGAUGGAUUGCGACUUGUGAGUUAAGAACAAACCAACAUGCAACAGGAAAGGCCAUGAAGUCGGAAGUAGUAGUCAGCAGUAAAAUUUACAUUAUGAACCACCUCUAAAAAUCAACGGACUGGCAUGAGGUUCAACAUUACAUUGAGGUUCAAAGAUUUGUCCAUCCUAUCGCUAUGCUGUUUAUUAUCAAGACAUUUCUAUUUGCAAA